CGCCUAGCAAACUCUUCGCCUACCAUCAUCGGCACCUAGCACACACUUCUCCGUCCUCAACGCGUCUUUCACGCAUCUCGAACCAUGUCGUCCUCCCCUCGCAAGUCUCUGAGUUGCUGCUCUGCCGCACCAGGUCACGAGCUGAUUGGGCCUUUGAGACAUCAUUUUCCUGAACAUCCUCCGUCGACGAUGUUCUAGCGCAGCUGGCCAUCUUCCGCAAAGAAGAUGCCGUCCCUACAGCCAGCUACUCGCAACGGCGAGGGAACAAGUAGAUCUUUGCACUAUGGGAAGUAAGACUGUUUUGUUCUUCUAUCAAGAUCACUGCUCCUCGCCGAACAAGUCAGUCCUUGAUAAGUGGAAUGCCGUUCUUGGAGCUCUAGGCUGCACUCCACAUGCGGGCGGCUUCCGUGGCGCAUCCCUACAAAGACCUCCAAGCUUUGGGAGUGGCCCAAGUGUAUGCUUUCUCCACGCAGGAUUCGGCAUAUCAGCACAAGAAUGCACGAUAGGAUUCACUUGCCGUACAGUCUCUUAUCAGACGAGGCGCUGGGGAUUGGCAAAUCCUCCGUCUCUCUCCAUCAUGCAAUGACAAGGCACGACGCCGAUCAAGCGAAUGGCCUGCGCGGAUGUCGAUGGUGUGAUUGCCAAACUCUUCUAUCUAGACUUGUCUGCCUGACGAAAACGCCGAAGAGGUGCAGCAGUGGUUUGGUGGAGGACCAUUCGAAACAGUCUGCCAAGCGAGGCUCUCUAUGCACUGCAAAAAGUGGCGCAAAGCAGGGAGGAACGGUAUAGCAAACUCUUCUACCGAUUAUUGAAAAUACAGCACCCCUGAAGAGAUGAGAACCUUCUGCCUGCCCACAUCAUACGCAAGGAUGAAGCCUUUGGAGUCCAAGGAAGCUCCCGCGUCGUGCCUACAUGAUCGCUUCGUCUGUUUGGUGGGCAGCGAGGAGUGUCUUUGAAUGUGCGACUGCGCCCUAUGUGAUGUGAUGCAAGAUGCAUCGAAUCGAGUAAUCUCUAUGCGGUUCGGGUCGUUGCUUUAGACGGGAACAGGCCAAGAUCCAUGCAAGCUGCA